UGGUCCUGCCCUGCCUAGUGCAGAGGGAGCGGAGCCGGGACUGCAGCGCACCGUCCUCCGGCCGCAGCCACGGAUGGCGUCGCUCGGCGUGGGGCUGCAUCUCAUUCGAAAGCGGGGAGCAGUCAGGAGCGCCGCGGUGGAGAGGAGGAACCUGCUCACGGUGUGCAGGUUUUCAGUGAAGACUCUGCUGGACCGCUCCUGUUUUGAGACAAUAGAUGACUCAUCUCCAGAGUUCAUUAACUUCGUCUCCAUCCUGGAGCACAUCCUCAAUCAUCGACUCAAAGGUCAGACUACUUGGUUCGGCUAUGAGAGUCCUCGGAGUUUCUGGGAUUACAUAAAAGCAGCCUGCAGUAAAGUCCCUCAUAAUUGCAUUCGAAGCAUCGAGAGCAUGGAGAAUGUGCGAUCGUCAAGAGCUAAGGGCAGGGCAUGGAUCAGAGUGGUCCUGAUGGAGAAAAGACUGUCAGAAUACAUCUCAUCUGCACUGAGGGACUUCAAAACCACCAGGAGGUUUUACGAGGAUGGAGCGAUCAUGCUGGGAGAGGAGGCGGGGCUUUUAGCGGACACGCUCAUCGGACUCAACACCAUCGACUUCAGCUUCUGUCUGAAAGGGGACGGUCUGGACGGCAGCUGCCCCGCCGUGAUUGACUACACGCCUUACCUGAAGUUCACUCAGAAGUAUGUCAGUGCAGACAGCAUCAGCAGUGACGAGGAGGAGAUGAGGACUAUGGGGAGCAGCGGCAGUGAGAGCAGCACCCCCGACAAAACGGCCACCGCCGCCUCCAUCUUCACCGAGCAGAGCAACUUGGUCAGCAAGUGCAAACGCUUUGAGCAGAAGUAUCGCUUGGCACUGGAGCAGAAGGGUUACCUGGAAGAGCUGGUCCGUCUACGAGAAGCCCAGCUGUCGGAGGCGGUGUCUCACAAUAAAGCUCUUCAGCAGAACCUAGCAGACACACACCUCUCCCACACACUGGAGAAGGAACAGCUUGAGUACAUCAUACUGGAACUACAGGAUCAACUGACAGUGCUGAAGAACAAUGAUUUGCGGUCCAGACAGGAGUUGACAGCUCAUCUGACCAAUCAGUGGCCGUCUCCUGACGCCUUGGAUGCCAAUGCUGUUGCUUUGGACACACUGCUGUACAGGAAGAGCACGGGACAGUGGGAUGAGAAGAGCUUCCAGAGUCUGGAGCAGCUGUCUGCAGACAUGAGCCUCUCCCAGACUUCUCUUGAACCGUCACACACACUGAGUCUGGAGGCCAGGCCGACCGGCACACAGUGGCCUCACCAAGAUAAAGAGGAAACUCCUUCCCUAAGAGGUCUGUGUGGCUCCCUGACCUCCGUCGCCAGCUACAAGUCUCUGGCCAGCCUGAAGUCUAGCGAGUGUUUGGCCAGUCCUGCAACGGAGAUCAGCAGCCCAGGCAUCACUCCGUCAUAGGGAGUGGAGAGCUAAAAGACAGGCCAGACAAUCCAGGAACUUUCUCUCAGUAGAUGAUAUUGAUUUGUACAAGUUUAUGUUCUGUAUGUGGAGCCCAGAGCUUUAACAGAUGGAUGACAGAUUUGCAAGUUGAGAAUCUGGUGUAGCAUGUUCUUUGAAUUGUGACUGAAUAAUAGUCUUAAAAAUUUACCUUUGAGUUGAAACAGUGCUCAAAGUCUGGCUUAGUACAGAGGAUCUAGUAAGCUUCAUAAGAUUCAUCAGUAUGUGUUUCUUUGUUGUUUUGUUUUGUAGGUGUUUCUACUUGUGGAGCAUUUUGUUUUUUUUUCUUGAAAACGAAUUAAAAUAAUAGAAAGUUUAUGUAUGAAUUACCAUGUGACUUUACAGUAUUGAGAAGACGAUGAUGAGCUAGUGUGUCUUCACGACUCUCUAAGGUGGUUUUACUGCAUGCUGAAAAUACUGACUAUCAGAUCAGUUUAGGAGAAAACAUAAAAUAGUACAAGUCUGUCAGUGUUUGAUCUCAUUUCUCACUACGAAUAGUUUCCUGCGGUCAAAAGGGUCCUUUAAUAUCCUCUGUGCGGUUACUGCUGCCACUUCAUUCCAAAAAAAAAAAAAAAAUCCACUCAUUCCUUUGAUUCAUGAUGGUGUUGUAUCUUCACACUGGUGUUUGGCAUAAUGUAGUCUCACAUUUUGUUCUCAGGUGUAAAUGUUCCUGCGCCUUUUUGAUUUUUAUGUUGUCAAAUGUUGUGCGUAAUGCAGUAUCACGUGGUUUGUUCUCAGGUAAUGACCACUAUGAUUAAUAUCCACCCUUCAGUUCUGGGUUUAGCUUUGGACUACUGUUAUUAUUCCCUUUAAUUAUUCAAAUGCAGUAUUUUUACUUUAAUGGCUGGUUAACACAAAUAGAUCAUUCUUUAAACUCUGAAUAAUGACCUGUGUUAAGUCUCACUAAUGAAUAUCUUUCAAGAGAUAUUCUGAGAAUCAGAAUCAAGUGUAUCAGUAUUAAGUAAUUUGUAUUAUUGGCGACUAGCCAAGUACCUCAGCACUGAACUCAUGACUUUGCCUUUAGCUCGUUCCAGCAGUCAUUUGCACAGACAUACAGCAGAUGUUUUACUGAUUUGUUUGCCUUUUUAUGCUUCAUUUUGAAUAAACUCCACUUGCUAAAACAG